AAGGAAAGAAAAAAGGCUGAAAAAAGCAAGGCAUCUCCCUCUUUCUUCUCAAAGAAAACAAACUCAUACGCCACAAGCAAUGUUCAACACAAGAAAAGGAGAGGAAAUUUCCUUCUCAACCAUAAAGAGCAGUGAAGCAGAGCUCCAUUAGCAACAUAAAGUUACAAGCUACAUCAAGGAUUAUUAAGCAAUGGAUGAAUGUAGCCCAUGUCCAAAACACUCAUAUCACAGCGAAAACACCACUCCAGGAGUAGCCUCUUCAACAACCAGCGUGCAUGUGACGGCCCUUGAUGGCAUAGUGAACGUCAACUCUCUUUUUACAGUCGCUGUCUUUGUUGGUCUCUCCCUUACAACCCCAAAUCAACGCAGCCUCCAGAACAGCAUCUCUUGCGAUGCAGGCAUUGACAUGGCCAAGAAUCUACUAGUCUUCGAGGUUGUGUCCUUCAGUUUCUUCCUCUUCUCUUCUCUGGUCGCACAAGGCCUGAAACUGGCUAUCAAUUUGUUGAACAGUAAAGACGUGGAUGACGCUUUUAGAGCACACAUUAAUUUGAAGGUUUUGAGGUUCGGGAUGAUGGGAUCGGCUAUAGGGUCGGUCAUGGGUUGUGUGUUUUUGGUGCUGUCAAUGGUUAAUGUUAUUCAGAUUCGGCUGGGGCUGUUGUCUUGUGGGAGUAAGAGUACUGUCCAUGCUGUGACUGCUCUGGUUCUUUUAGUCUCUUCUGCUCUCUUGGUCUAUAUUUCUACUGCUUUUUAUGCUUUUCUCCACUGAUAGAUUGUUUAGCUUUAUGAAAGUCGUAUCAAGUUGUCAA